CACCAUUAGUUACUAUGGCGCCAUCAAACUUGCAGGGCCUUAACAUCGUGCACCCUCCCCAGCCGCAAAACCCAUACCUGUCUGACCAGGACCUGCUCGCUGUACCGCCCUUCCCUGAUCUUAGCGCUCAGCUCGACCUAUGGACCAAUCUUAACUUCCAAUCUGACGAGCCGCUAGUCUCUCGUGAGGAUAGGAGAGACAGCUUCGAUGAGAAGGGUAAAGGCUCUUUUUCCAGCGGGGAAAAAGAUGCAGACAGAUACAACAUGCCGGAGGAGGAACUCCAAGACAUUGGAAAAAUCGCGGAGGCCCAUGCUCAUGAAAACGUCGUAACGGGGACUGUGCUUCCUCCAAACAAUAACAAUUCCGGUAAUCAGCCUCUUCUUAACUUGCAAGGUCUUCCUUUGCAACCUCCCCUCGAUAUCGGUACCCUUCUUGCUGGUUUUGGCAUUGAUCCAUUCCAGCUUCCACCUGUCCCUCAACAACCUUCACAGGUGUCUCCUUCGCUUGCCCAACUCCUCUCGCUGCACGCAUCGUCACUCCGCCCUUCUCAGACUUCUAAUGUCCAGCAAUCUACACAUUUAGAGUCGACUAAUCCUACCCCUGCAAACCCUUCAGCACCAAAGCGUGCACGCACUGCUCGCUUGUCAGUUUCAGUGUCCGAGCAAGGAUCACCUGAGAGUCCUCUCUCCCCGGAGUCUGACGAUAAGUCGAAUUCGACACCUCUCAACGCCGCUGAGGAUAAGCGUCGGCGGAAUACUGCUGCGUCUGCACGAUUCCGGUUGAAGAAGAAGGAACGCGAAGCUGCCUUAGAGAAAAAGGCGAAGGAGCUUGAGGUUCGUGUUUCGGAGUUGGAGAAGGAGUGCGAGGCUUUGCGGAGGGAGAAUGGCUGGUUGAAGGGACUUGUUGUUGGUGUGACUGGUGCAGGUGCCGUCCAGCAGCAGCAACACGCAGCCGUAACAGCUCCAGGCACGAAGCGAUCUCGAGACGAGUCGGAUCCGGAUCCAACUGCUUGACGCAUUUUGUGGUUGAGGACUUACUUGGUUAUCACUUGUGGGGGCAUUCUGACCGUGUCACUCCUUGCACUCCUUCCUAUUGACAUAAUGUUUUUCGCCCUUGUAUCGCGUUCAACACUGCGCCGCAUCCUUUCUGUAGACGUAUCGGUGUAUGAAGAAUCCUGCUCGACCAUGUAUCAUCAGCUCAAUUAUUUACGAAUUAUGAGAUACUCUGCUGGCUCC